AGUUUGAGCCGCAUCAUUUCAAAGUCUCCAGUAAUCAAUAAGUUAUGAGCACAUGCUAGAUCAUGUGGUCCAACAACAACAAUAAUGAUGAUAACCAGGCCAGUGGUGUCCUCCCUGAAUGAAAUCAUUUAAUUGGCUGCAACAGGGGCGAUUGUAAAAUGAAAAAAGGUCAUUGCAUUGUUUACAUGCCUGCACAUUCUUUAAAAUAAUAACGAUUAACACACUUUAACAAGGCCUAUAUAUUGUCAAAUUGAUGACAAAUUAUUGUAAGGCAUUGAACUGAACAUAAGCACAGCCAUGCAACCUCCAGUAAGUCACCAUUCAUUACAAAUAGCUCCGGUUCAUUUGCUCUUGGUGCUUCCUAAUGUCUCUAAAUGAGGGUUAAAAUGAGUUAAUAAAGUGGACGGGUACAGGUAGAGUUGUUCACACAGGACAGGAGUUAGUCUCUCAGCUGGUGUCUCUGAACACAUCCAGCAUAUCACCUCCCGUUGAGUAGUUGGAUUGCUUCAGAGCUCAGAGGAGCAGGGCGCAUGCAGACCGUCAGGCUGUGCAUUUUUUUUCUUUCUUUCUUUCUCUCUCUCUCUCUGUCUUUUUUUUUUUCUUUCUGUGCCGGGGACUAAUUUUCAGUCCUCCACUUGGGUCUGGGUAAACAGCACCGCCCCGAUGGUUUGCUUGUUUUAAGUGUGGAGCGAUCCAUCGCAGAGCGCCGGGCUCGAUUGACACUGUCUGCUGAUCUGCUACUGCGGAUUGCUCAGAAUAACAAGGGCUGCUCGCUAAUUCCCGUCUAUCGGGGCUUUCGCCGAAACACCGAGAGAGUAGGGUCCAAAAAAAGAGCCAACAAGGCAGGCAAGACCGCCGCGCCGCCGGAGUCCGCACCCCAGAAUGGCUUCGGGAGACCUUUACGAGGUGGAGCGGAUUGUGGACAAAAGGCGGAACAAGAAGGGUAAGUGGGAGUACCUGAUAAGGUGGAAAGGUUAUGGAAGUAAGGAGGACACAUGGGAGCCAGAGCACCAUCUACUGCACUGUGAGGAAUUUAUUGACCAGUUCAACAGCUUGACACUGCACUCACACAAGCGUCCCAAAGUUGCUAAAAGCCGCCAAGAGCCCCGUGUCACCAGCCACCCAUCUGCUGCUGAGAACGCCAGAGCUCGGUCUGAGGCUAGAAAGAAGAAAAGGACUUGUGGUCCAGCUGUUGGCGUUAGAGUAGGAACUGUUCUAGGAAUUGGAAGUGGAGGAUCGGGUCACGCUCACAAGCAGAGGAAGGUGGGCGUAGAGCCUGGGAAACAUGCUUUAGGAAUCAAUAAAGCCAUGACGUACAAAGCUCCUCCACCAGGGGGUUCUCACUUUGUUCCUCCAGUGAGGGUUCCUCAUAAUGGACUCCAAAAUGGAGACAUGGAGCCUCUCGUGUACAGGACAGCACCAAGGUCACAUAGAUUGCCUUUGGACAGGGUGGAUGGAGAACUAGGAGACACGGACACCACUGGACAGCAAUUCAUCACUGAACUAGGCUCCCCGCUGGCCAACGGCAAGAUGCAUUUCCACAGCUCAGUAAAGCGGAAGCUGGCUGAGGAGAAAGGCUAUGUGUUUGACAAGCGGCUCAGGUACAACGUGCGGCAGAAUGAGAGCAACUGUCGAUUCCGAGACAUCGUGGUCAGGAAGGAGGAAGGCUUCACGCACGUCCUGCUGUCCAGCCAAACGACAGACAACAACGCUCUGACGCCAGAGAUCAUGAAGGAAGUGUGUCGAGCUCUGGGUAAUGCAGCUGCUGAUGACAGCAAAUUAUUAUUGCUCAGCUCCGUGGGGACUGUUUUCUGCAGUGGCCUGGAGCCGUCGUACCUGAUAGGGCGUCUGUCCACUGACCGCCGAAAAGAAAGCAGCCGGAUCGCAGAUGCUGUGCGGGACUUUGUGUUGGCAUUCAUCCGCUUCAAGAAACCCAUCGUGGUGGCGAUAAAUGGUCCCGCUUUGGGCUUAGGAGCCUCCAUCCUGCCCCUGUGUGACGUGGUGUGGGCCAGCGAGAGGGCCUGGUUCCAGACUCCAUGCGCAGCCCUCCACCUCACACCCUCCGGAUGCUCCUCGUAUACCUUCCCCCAGAUCCUCGGCGUAGCUCUGGCCAAUGAGAUGCUGUUCUGUGGAAGAAAGCUCACAGCACAGGAGGCGUGCAGUCGAGGUCUGGUGUCGCAGGUCUUCUGGCCGACCACAUUCAAUCAGGAAGUGAUGCUGCGUGUGAAGGAAAUGGCGUCGUGCAACGCAGUGGUUUUAGAAGAAUCCAAAUGCCUGGUGAGGAGUAUCCUCAUGUCAGUCCUGGAGGAGGUCAAUGAGAAAGAGUGCCAGAUGCUGAAGCAGCUUUGGUGUUCAACCAAAGGACUGGAGGCGCUCUUCAGCUACCUGCACAACAAGUCGUAUGAGAAGUGAUGGGAGGGUUAUCCACAGCGGGACAUCCGAACUGAAGGAAAAGUUGCUUUGCUUCCAUCCAUCAGCGGAGGGGAUUCGCAGGAGUUCUGUUUGCUCGAAUGUCUACACUUCCUUCAUGAUCUUCUUUCGUGAAGCAGCUUCUUGUUUUUUUCCUGUUUUUUUUUUUUUUUUUACUGGACCUGUAACUGUCCAGAUGAUUGUUCUGUAGGAGUCAAAGUGCAAAGGGCCAAAUGUGCAUUGCUUAAAUCAACACUGAAGGAGGUUUCUUCAGGGAGGUACAGGGAGCGUUUCUGUGCAUACGCAAGAUUUAUUUGUUUAUGAAAUCAUCAGGAUGUAUGAAAUCAAUGUCUGUCUGAUAGCACAUAUUAAAUUGACAAUAAUAUAUAUUCAUUUAUAUUUAUUUCAAGUGUGUUAAAGAGUUGCGGAGUACAUGUAAGAUGCCUUUUUUCUUGCUUUUUUUCUCAUUGUGUUGAGUUGAAGUGUAAACCAAAGUUUGCAUGAGGACACGGUUUGUUGCUCCUUACAUGCACAUUCCUUCCUCUCUGCAUGGACAGAGGAAAAAAAAUGGCCACAAAUGCACCCUCGUACAUGGCAGUGGAUCAGAUUUAGUGUCAUCUUAUGGGUAACUGUAAAAAGAUAAGAUAAUGAAACACUUGGGCGAAUUCAAAGAGAAUCGAUGUCUUUUUUUCACCACACGGCUAAUUUUUCACACUGUAAAAGUCUUUAUUACACAAUGUAGACAUCCUGCAUUCUAGUAGCUUUGUCAUCGUUACCAUAAUCACCAAAAAUUUACUUCAGUUAGCUGGAAUUGAGAUUGAUGCUCAUGAGCUAAUGAGAAGUUUAAGUAGGUGAAACGGCACCCUCGUACUGUCAGCAUCCAUCUGUCGCCGCAACAAAACAAAUACGGAAAGAGUUUCAUUUAACUCUUCUCAUAAUGACAAAUGUCAUUAAGGGCAGGAUUCUUUCUUUCAAGUUUUUUAUUUAUUUUUUCUUUUUUUCAAUGGAGAACACUGGAUUAUACAAAUACAUCUGUUCAAAAUCAAAUGGCAUUUUGUCUUGAGCACAAAAUGACUUCAGAUUUCAGAUUAAAUGAAUCGGUGGCACAUAUCACACGGAAGGAUUAGCAAUGGAUUGUGUCCUGCUUCGUUUGAGCUGAGUAGCCUUGACAUGCAGUACUGCGGUGACUUGUAUGUAAACCAUGAGUUCUGCAUCGUUAUUGUGUGAAAUGUGUGAUUGUUAUUUUUUCAGAUGAUCAUUCUGAUAUUACCUGACAGUUAUUUUUCUUAGUUGUGUAUAUUUUGGAGGACUCAAAAAGUACUCACGUUGUGACUUACACUAAUUGUCAGUGAUUAAUAUCGUGAAAAAUGCAGUUUUCAGUCGUGUAGCUGGAGUCGACGUUCGUCCGUAUCUGCAUGUGUGGAUUUAUGAGUUCAAGAAAAUUUUUAUCUUGCGAUGUGUAUCAUAUUUAGGGAUCUAUUUUGUUUUACAAAAAAACAAACAAAAAAAACAGAAAUGUAGGUCUGUGAAAAUUGUUUUGUAAAACUGAAGAUAUUUGUCCAUUUUUUUUGCAGUGGUACACAUGCAGUACAGAAUAAUAUAUAGACAUAUGUCGACUGUUUUGUGUGACUAAUUGCAUGUAACAUAUUGUACAUAUGAAUGUGUUGCCUGUCUGAGUACCUUGUAUUGCAGGGUAUGUUUUUGUACCAACAUUGUAAGUAUUGUUAGAAAAUGGUGCAGUUUAUUUUUGUAUUUAUUUGAGAUAACUGUUUGGAUGUGCAGUGCCAUGUGGUCUCCUUUCGCUCCAGAAGCACCCUGACUCUCCAAAAUCACCUUUUCUAAAGUAUCCACAAAAAAAAUCAAAGUGGGUCAGGAAGGCAGAGAAUUUAUUACAUAUACGAUUUAAAAACCAAAAAGGUGUAAACACUAUUUUCACUUGAAUGUUCACCUUUUUCAGUUGACAUUAUCAGAGGUAUUUUGUUGUAAAUUAUCAAACGCAUGUCAGAUAGUUUAAUAUAUAAAAAUUGUGUUUAACUGAGCUUUACGAGGAUGUACAGGCGAUCGAUAAAAUUGACCUUAAUUUUAUUUUAGAUUUGUCCAUUUCAAGCAUAUACAAGACUCUUGUUCAUGCUCCGUGACAUUGUUUUUAUGAUUUCUUAGUCUUGUGAUUUAUUUUUCUGCCAUUGCAGAUCGAUGUUGAUGAGGGUAUAACAGAGGGUUUGAUGGAGCAUCAUUUUGCUAAAGUUAACAAAAACAACAACUUAAGGGAGUAUUGUGUAGUUUUGGAGAAGAAAUUCAAACUCAGAAUUUUAAUAUUUACAGUGUUAUUGAGGUAAUAAUACAAACAGAGAAAUAUAAAUUGCUUCUAUAGCUGAAUAAAGAAGCUGUUCUCAGUGGAAAAAAAAGAAGUCCCCAGAACUCUGUUUGAUGCUAGAAAGGCGGCAGGGUCCGCCACGCAGAGACAAAGUAAAGUAGGACACUGUGUUGUCCUUUAAGAUCAGUUUGUUCUUUCGGUCAAGAAAACAAAGAGAGUUUGUUUAUUUAGUUUGUUUUGGCAUUAAAUGAAAACAAUCAGUCACUGAUUAGAGUUUCCUCCCCAAAACUACAUGCUGCACCUUUAAAGUGAAAAAAUAAAUCAUAGUUGCAUCAUGGUGCAUUUAAUCCCUUUGUCACAUUGAGUCAAAUAAAUAAUCAGACACAACUCAUAAAAUCUAAACUGUAAUGUUUUCAUUGACAGUUUGGCAGGUUUGUGACCCAAAAGAACUUCAGCUUAAAUAAUCAAAAGUUGUUUUGUGAUUUAUUUUGAUUUUUUGUAAAAGGCCUCCCUACAGUGACUUCUCCUCGCCAUCUGUUGUUGAAUAUCGUUCAUAUUUCCACUUCUUGCUUGGGGUCCCAAGAAAAGGCUAGAAGGAACACAAAGCAUCAGGUCCACUGAGCAUUAAUCAAACUGACCCUUCAGACGGGGGGUCUUUAUGUAUUUAUUCAUUUAUUUAUUUUAAUUUGUAAAAUAUGUCUUAUUCGUUUCAGUGCGUCACCUGACAUAGAAAAUGCUUUACUUUACUUUAAACUAUUGAUAAUAACAUUUAGAGUAAAUCAGAACAAAACAAGAACAAAAAUCCCCUCAUAUUUGGUCCAUUAUUUAUCCUGAAUGACUGUGCUUCUGUUUUCCUGUGAUUUACUGUCCUUUAUAAUCCCAGCGUCAUGCACAAUCCCAUGUAAGUGUAUGUCAUCAUUCAUGAAUUUUCCUCCCCACAUUGUUUCAGAGCACACCUCGGGGUGCCUUAAAUAUCUGUCAGAGAGUGAUCCAUAAGUUGUGAUGGGUAGAGUUGCUUCAAAUAAAGAAACAGUACUUUCCCAACA